UUGUUACUCUUCUCUCCGUGCUCUUCGGUUUCUUUCUUCGAAAACAAUCUCAAAAGUCAUCCGUCAACGUCAAUUCGUUUCGUUUUUAUUCAUAUCUCUAAGUAAUUACGGUUUACAAAACCCUUAAGCUCAUCUCCUACACGUAUAUAUGUACGUACUACGCAACCGUUUCUCCGAUCAAAGCUUAACGACGACGACGACGACGACAAGCUUUCUCCGACGACGCAUAGAGCAAACAAAAUAAGCGUCGUUUAUGGAAAAUGAAGUCACUCAUUCCUGUUCCAUUGCCUGUGGAUGUGAAGAGUAGUAGUACUAUUAGAAGAUCGUGUCUCUGUAGCAUUCUCCCCACAGCUUCUUUUCUUUUUAUUGUCUUCUUUAUAGGCACUGCUUUUGUUGUUCCUGAUUACAAGGAGAAAUUAUCGAGAUGGAAGAUAGUUGAUAAUUUUCAGAGUUUAAAAUUUGGCUCUUGUAAGAAUCAGUGCAAGCCUCCUGGAAGUGAGCCAUUACCUGAAGGCAUUGUGUCAAAGACUUCCAACUUGCAAAUGAGACCAUUGUGGGGAUUUCCCAAGAGCAAUGAAAAAUCUUCUAUCAACUUAUUUGCUGCUGCUGUUGGAAUAAAUCAAAGGGACAUUGUUGAUAAAAUGGUCCAAAAGUUUCUAUCAAGUAAUUUCACUGUAAUGCUUUUCCACUAUGAUGGUGUUGUUGAUGAAUGGAAUAACUGUGAUUGGAAUGAUCAAGUCAUACAUGUUUCUGCCCCUAAUCAAACUAAAUGGUGGUUUGCAAAACGUUUCUUACAUCCUGAUAUAGUUGAAGAAUAUGGUUAUAUAUUUCUUUGGGAUGAAGACCUCGGAAUUGAAAAUUUUGACCCUCAACAGUAUGUAUCAAUUGUUAAAAGCAGAGGGCUUGAGAUAUCACAGCCGGCACUUGAUCCUGGUAAAUCAGAGAUACACCAGCAAAUAACUGGACGCCUAAGAAGAUCAAUAGUGCACAGAAGAACUUUUAAGCGUGGUGUUUGUGAUGUCAAUAGUUCAGCUCCUCCAUGCACUGGGUGGGUAGAAAUGAUGGCGCCUGUUUUCUCAAGAGCUGCUUGGCGUUGUGUGUGGUAUAUGAUCCAGAAUGAUUUGAUACAUGCUUGGGGUCUUGAUUAUCAGCUUGGUUAUUGUGCACAGGGUGAUCGAACAAAAAAUAUAGGUGUUGUGGAUGCCGAGUACAUAGUUCACUAUGGUCGCCCUACCCUAGGAGGCACAAAUGAAAAAACGGAAUCAUCUCGUUUGGAGAAAAAGAAUCGUAGACUGGAAGAUCGGUCUCAUUCCAAUAAAUUGAAUCCGAGAGUGGAAGUAAGAAGGCAAUCCUUCAUUGAAUUCAAAAUGUUUCAAAAACGGUGGGAAGAAGCUGCGAAGGAGGAUAAGUGUUGGAUGGAUCCUUACGAACAAGCAAAGAACCAAACCAUGCCUCACUUUCGUUUACAUCCGAAAUCUGUAUAAAUUAUGUAGCAUUAUAGAAAGAGAGCAAAUUAUGAUGGAACAUCAAAAGGAUCAGUCCCAUGAGGCAGACACGACGGACCGCGAAGUUCAAAUAUUUUGAACAUAAAAUGAUCAUUACCAUGUGGCAGCCAAGUAAUAUAUGCAUCUUUAUUUGUAUAUAUUGUAAUUGAAGCUCUUAGAGUUAUGUCAUUCUUUUUCGAUAAUGAACUGAUACAUAUAAAAUCCAGAAUAGUUAAUUAGAAAACGAGAAUAAAAGAAAAGCUCGCUCCUUUGUGAUUA